AUGGAGCGUGCCGGGUCAAUCGCGUCGCGGAGCCUUUUCCCCAAGGGACCAAGCUUUACGCUUGAUGACUUCUCCAGCAAGGAUUUUACUGUGCGAGACUUUGUGGACUCCUUGGCAGAGACGGCUUUUCCUGCGAACCGCCGAUCCGGCGCCGCCUUGCAGCAGGCAUUUGACCCGAAGCCGUUGAUCCGGACCUUUGAGAAUGCGCUCUCUCAGCUUGGCACGCUCUCGGAGGAGCUGCAGGAGAAGGAGUCGGAGAUUCUCUCGCAGGUGCGACGAGCAGAGGUACAGCACGACCAGACCCUCGACACUCUUGGAACGAAGCUGGACCAGUCGAUGGGACAGUUUGAGGCCCUCGACCUGAGCCUCUCCAACCCGAACGACUCGAACGGCAUAAACGAGCGUGGCAGCCGGUCGGACACGGGCGGUGGCAGCAUUGCGGUGCAGAUCGGCGAGAAGCUGGAGGAGCUGGACCGGAAGCGCAGAAGAGCGUUGGACGCCACGUUUCUGGUGCAGUGCUGGACAGAGCUCAGCGAAACGGGCCAGCUGACAGCGUUGCAAGACAUACAGCGACAGGGCGGGGCGGAAAACAAAGUGCGCUGCGCAGUGAUCGCGCGGCAGCUGAUGCGGAUCAGCCAGAGGCUGGACCCUGCUUCGUGGUCCGACACGAACGGUAGCCGUGCCAGCAGCAUCAAUGGGGCGACAAACGGCGUCAACGGCACGAGUACCGGCGUCCCGAAGCACAACACCCGUGAGAUGCUGGAGAAGUUCUCGGAGACGCUGGAGCAGGACCUCCUGACACAGUUCAACAACAGCUACCGGCGGCAGAACUUCGAGGACAUGCUCGAGUGCGCAAGGGUGCUGCACGACUUCAACGGCGGCACUAGUGUCAUCGCUACGUUUGUCAACCAGCACCAGUUCUUCAUUGACCGGGCUCAGCUUGUGGCGGACGAGGUGACAACAGACAGAGACUUGUGGAACCAGUUAGCUGACCCCGAUGCCGAUCCACCGGGCGUGGAGCCGAGCCUGCAGUCGCUCAUCGACGAGGUCAAGAUCCGCGUCUUCCAGCAGUCGGUGCAGGAGCGGCUAGAGAUGGUGCUGGAGAAGGCCAGCACGGUGUCUACGUUGGCGUACCUGCGCUCGCUGCACGCGUCGCGCAGCUACAUUGGGGCUCUCGUCGAGGACCUCAAAACUCAUGGCCUGACGGAGCACCCAGAGCCCUGCUCGCAACAGAUCGCCCAGACGCUCGAUCAGCAGGUGGAGGAGCUCUUUGUGCCGUACCUCGUGGGCAGCUCGUACAUGGAGAAGGAGAAGAAGAGCCUGGAAGAGAUGAAUAACUCGCUGCUGUUCAAGUUCACCAUCUACCACUCGCGGCGACCAAAGACGACAACACGCGGCUUCAUGACGAUGAUUGCACAGCAGGGAACGCAGCUACUGUCAUCGGCCAAGGACGCCUACAUGGAGCGGCUGGAGUCAUCAGACCUGACGGCCACGCAGAAGGCCAUGAUGCUGCGGGUGGCCGGCGUGCAGGACACGGACAAGAAGAACGAGAUCGAGGUGUCGGACGAAGACGGCAUGCUCAGCACGGCCAACGCGAAGCGCAUGUUGAAGUGGCUAGCGGAGAGCGUGCGGCGCACGUUGGAACUGGGCAGUGUGGUGGAGAAGCCCAAGGACGUCAACGCGCUGCUCGGGCUGCUGUUAACGACGCUGGGUCGAAUGUACGUGGAGACGGCACUGGACGCGGCGCUGGACGUGGCGACAGCGCAGGAAAACGCCAAGACGGAGCCCAACAUGAGUUACCUGCCAUCGGUGCGACCGGCCAUCACGAUUACUAGCAUUAUGUCGCGAUUCAUCGAAACAGUGCUGAUCCGGCUGGCCGAGUCGAAUCUGACGGUGCGGCGCAACAUGGAGGCACAGACGCGGCUGGGCAUCGAGGCGAUCGAGAAGAAGAUGAACAGCACCAUGAAGACGACGGUGGACGUGGUGGUGAACUGGGUGGCCAAGGCACUGUCGACGCAGAAGCGCACCGACUUCCGGCCGCGCGACAACGAUCUGGAGGAGCUGGUGGACGCGCUGCAGACCCCGACAUGUCUGGCCAUCUGCACGUUUCUGAACAGGGCGGCAGCGCUGGCGGCGCAGUCGGUGGACGGCCAGAACCUGCAGGUGUUCAGCAGCGAGCUGGCGCUAUUGCUGUUCCAGCUGCUGUUUGAGCACUUCAAGAAGUUUGCCGUCAAUGCAACGGGCGGCCUGAUGGUGACCAAAGACAUUGCCAAAUACGUGUCGACCUUCAAGGCCUGGCCGCUGAAUAAAGACGCCGAGGCGACGGUGGAGAUGUUGACCGAGGUGGGCUACCUAUUCAUCAUCGGGCCGGAGGCGCUGCGUGAACGGUCGCGCAAUCUGGCCACGGGAGCCGGAGCCGGCGCUGGCAGCACGAAGAAGCUGCAGAAGACCGACUUUAAGGCCUUUGUGCUGCGGCGGGAGGAUGCCGGCAGCGUGGGAAUUCAGGGCGUUGUGGCCGGCCUGUAG